AUUCCGAUUCAGGGGUUUUAGCUAAUUCCUGAGCAGCUCAACCUCCCGCUCUGUUCAUUACGCUUCGUUUCUUAUGAAUCUUCACUUCACUCAUGGACUUUCUUUAUCCCAUCUCCUCUUCUCGCUUUCCGCUAAAUAGUUAUGGCGUUUCAGUAUUUUCUUCCAGAUCUUCCAUUCAAUUUCGGAAUAGGAGAAGCCAAUUCAGAAAUCAAGCCCCCAGCUCCAAAAUUUAUGGAUACCCAUCAUCAUCAUCAUCUCCGUAUUUUAAUCUUCCAAGAUGCAGAAGGAACUUGAUCGUUUUUGCUAACUUUUCUCGUCCGACCAGGCGCAGCAACUCGCUGAGGAAGAAACUCACCCAGGAGCAACAGGUACACCGAAUUCCCAUUCCCGACAAUUCGAAUUCUGAUUUUCAAUUCCCCGAACGAAUUACUGAUCAUGGUGAGGUUUCUGGUCAUGCUGGUGGUGAUGUUAGUGAUUCGAUUGUUGAAACGAAAGCAAAACGUUUAGGUGAAUCUGUUUUGUGGAAUAGAUUGGAGAACUGGGUUGAUCAAUAUAAGAAAGAUAUCGAGUUUUGGGGGAUUGGUUCUGGUCCUAUAUUUACGGUAUUUCAGGACUCGAAUGGGAAUGUCAAAUGGGUUUCCAUUAACGAGGACGAGAUUUUGUCGAGAAGCCAAGUUGAGCGAGUGGAUUCGGACGACCCUAGUGGAUUGAAUAAUAAAAUCUCGGCUGCGAAAAUGAUUGCAAGAGAGAUGGAGAGUGGGAAAAAUGUGCUUCCAAGGAAUAGUUCAGUCGCUAAGUUCGUAAUUCAAGGUGAUGGCGAAUCUAGUUUCCUAAAGGCUGCUCAGGGUUUAAGUUUAAAUUUUAGGCCCCAGGUUUUUACCAAGUUUUCUAGAGCUGGGGGCAUAGUUCUAUGUAGUUUUCUCUUACUUUUUUCUUUGAAGAAGAUGUUCGCUUUCAAAAAGGAGGACGUUGAAUAUACCGAAUUGGAGAAAGAAAUGAUGAGGAGAAAGAUCAAAUUUAGAAAGGAGAAAGAGGUAAUGGAGAAUGGUAGAGUUGAAAUCAUUCAAGUACGUGAAGAGCCACCCAAUGUGUCAUUUGAAACGCCCAGGUUAGAUAAGCAAGAACUUAUGCGUACUAUAGCAAAAGAAAAAUCAAAAGCAUCAGCUACCAAACUACUUUUAGGAGAGUCUACUGGCACUAUGAAUGCAAAUGUUGCGGAUUUGAGUAACAAAAUUCAGGAAAUAAGAGAGAUGGCCCGUGAUGCACGGGAAAUUGAGGCGAGAGAAGACGCCUUGUCUUUCUCUGAUGUAAACAACCUCUCAUCGGUGAAUGGGAAAUUGCCCAAUCACAUUAGUGAACAUACAGAUGAAGGUGCCUGUUCUUCAUCUGAUGUUUUAAGACCAGAAAAGCAUGUCUUCCAAAAUGUUGAGAGUGGGCUGCUUAACAGUGUAGCUCCCGUAGAGACCAGUGAUUUGCAUGUAUCUAGCACUUUAAGCGUGGGAGUGCCACAUAAUGGCAAUGGCACCGCACUAAAUGUUAAAGAUUGUAAGAUUUCUUUUGGAAUUAUGGAUGCAACGCAAUCUGAUACUAACCGUGACACCCAAGAAUUGAAGGCAGAUUCAGAACAAAAGAAACCAAAGAUCAUACGAACAGUGAAGGAAGCUAGGGAGUAUCUUUCUGAAAAACGUCGAAAACAAAAGCCCGAUGAGAAAAUCCCGUGCAGAACUGGAUUGGCAGCUGCUCCAGGACUUCCAAAUGAUAAUGGAUUAGAAAAUGUGACAAACAAGGAAGCAUACUCAAAAGACGUACUUCUCAAAUCUUCCUUUCCAUUUAGGCCACCAGAUUCUUCAUCCUUUAUUAGUGACAAUUUUCAUUCUGCACGUAGUGAUAAAAGUUCCAUCUCAGUCAAGGAUGGCCACUCUAAAAGUUCUGUGGAAGAACACUUGGUAGGUGGCAGUCAAAAGCUCCACAAGUCCUUGAAUCAUGAAGGCAAUGGUAGUGUUACAGAAACCCUGCCCCAUGGAGAAACCAAGAGCUGGAUAGAAGAAAAUUUUGAUGAAGUCGAGGCUGUCGUUAAGAAGAUUGGAGUUGGCUUUAGGGAUAAUUUUAUGGUUGCUAGAGAGAAAGGUGACCAGAAUUUUGAUGCAGAUUCUACAUUAGCACAACUUCAGUAUGAAAAUGACAAUGACGAGGAGCUCGAGUGGAUGAAGGAUGAUAACCUGAAAGAAAUUGUUUUUAAGGUUAGAGAAAAUGAAUUAGCUAACCGGGAUCCAUUUUAUUCGAUGAAUCCUGAGGACAAGCUUACAUUCUUCAAUGGUCUUGAGAAGAAAGUUGAGAGAGAGAAUGAAAAGCUGUUGAAGUUGCAUGAGUGGCUCCACUCCAACAUUGAAAAUCUUGACUACGGAGCAGAUGGCAUCAGUCUGUACGAUCCUCCUGAAAAAAUCAUUCCACGUUGGAAGGGUCAUCCUUUUGAAAAGAGUCCCGAUUUCUUCGAUGACUUCCUGGAGCAAAGAAAGGCAAUUUUUAAUGGGAAAGUUGGCAUGCCACAUAAAGAGGAACAGAACAGCCCUUUGAAAUCAACAGAAUCUAAUCCCAACGAUAGCAUAGAAGAGAUCGAUGAUGCAAAGAUGACAAAUCAUGAUCAAGAACUGAAAGAUUCUAUGACAAUUAUAGAAGGUAGUGAUGGAUCCAUUAGACGUGGUAAAAAAUCAGGGAAGGAAUUUUGGCAACACACGAAGAAAUGGUCCCACGGAUUCCUGGAAUCUUAUAAUGCAGAGACAGAUCCAGAAGUCAAAUCUGUUAUGAAGGAUAUUGGUAAAGAUUUAGAUCGGUGGAUUACUGAGAAAGAUGUGCAAGAAGCUGCUGAUUUAAUGGACAAGUUGCCUGAGAGGAAUAAAAAAUUCAUGGAAAAGAAAUUGAACAAGCUCAAAAGAGAGAUGGAAAUGUUUGGACCCCAAGCUGUAGUAACCAAGUACAGUGAGUAUGCAGAAGAAAAAGAAGAAGAUUAUUUGUGGUGGUUAGAUCUUCGCCAUGUACUUUGCAUUGAACUGUACACGGUGCAAGAUGGGGAGCAGGGAAUAGGAUUCUAUUCCUUGGAAAUGGCGGCAGAUCUUGAACUUGAGCCAAAGCCAUGCCAUGUUAUUGCUUUUGAGGAUGCUGGUGAUUGCAAGAACUUUUGCUAUAUCCUUCAAUCUCAUAUGGAAAUGUUGGGGACUGGCAAUGCUUUUAUUGUUGCACGUCCGCCUAAGGAUGCGUUCCGGGAAGCCAAAGCAAAUGGGUUUGGUGUUACAGUUAUUAGAAAAGGGGAGCUUCAGCUCAACGUGGACCAAACACUGGAAGAAGUGGAGGAACAAAUCACUGAAAUCGGCAGUAAAAUAUACCAUGAUAAGAUCAUGAAGGAGCGUUCUGUGGAUAUUAGCUCUUUGAUGAAGGGUGUAUUUGGUUUGAGCAAAACACCCACAAGGAGAGAACGGUCAAAACGAAAACGAAAGUUGAAGAAACUUAAGAAAAAAUGACCGGAAGUCAUGAAUUGAAUAUAAGUUGCACAUUCCUGCUGAUU